AUGUUGCUAAUUUUUCGAAUGUUUUAUUGUUCGUCGUUUGUCAUCAAUCUUUUGUUGUUCAACAUAUUUUUUGACAACAAAAGGGUGGAAGGGUUUGUCAGAGAUCGAUUCAAUAGUUCAUUACAACAACAGAGUGAUGAAGAGAUCAUAGACAACAGCAACAAUUAUUUGGGCACUUCAAACGCAUUUACUGAUAACGAUCAAGAGAAGAAUUUGCCAGAAUUUUUUGAUAAAUUUGGCAAAAUUGGUGUUAAUUAUGAUUUGGAUGUUAACGAUACUGAGCCUGCAUUGAAAAAUAAACCCUUUAUUUAUUGCCAGAAAUAUGAACAAAAUUCUUGUGCUUCUAAAAAUCCCGAAGAUUGCACAGAAACCGUAAAGUGUUAUGCAUCGAUAAAUACACAUUUAUUGGCUUGUAUGGCCGUCAGUUUAUACACCAUAAAUGAAAAUGGGACCUUUCAUGAAAUACCAAGCAUUAAAAGUUGUUGGUCUCAAGGUGCUAGUGAAUUACGCGAAUGUCGUUCUGAAGAUGAAUGUGUGGUCGAUACAAGAAGGACCGGAACUAUAGGUUUAUCGGCCAAAUUCUGUUGCUGUCGAACACACAAUUGCAAUUCAAAAUUUACUUUCAAACCCCAACCAGAUUAUGAAGAUGAGGAAGAAGAUAAUGAAAUUGUCAAGUUGCUAGGUAAAAGAAGGAAAAAUAUUUUUUUCAGAAAUGUUUAGCUCUAGUAUAGCUCAUGCGUCUAAUGACCAAAGAGUAAUCUACUUAGAUUGGGUUAAUGACUCACACCACUGCUGUGGACUGUUAGUCUGAUUCCCAUAGUUGGGUACUUAUUGGGUCAAUUUGACUGGGUUUAGGAGAAAUAAGGGAAAAGGGAAGAAAGAAGGCUAAGAAUGGUCAUUGGAAUAGGAAAGAUAAAAAAGAACGGAGGGAGGGGGAGUAGUUUCAAAGUAGGGUACCUCGCCGGAGGAGGCGGGUGUAUUGAGGAUCGGAGUUUGUCGGGGUAGAGCCUUCGGGGUUCGGGUCGGGGUUUUUGCUAAAAAAAUACGUCGG